AUGCACCCACGGCGGAGGAGGGGAAGUUCCCCCAGCGCCACCAUCGCUGCGCCCACACGCGCACACCUCCCGCCCUCGCCCGUUGACCCUGACCGUGGGCGACGAAGCGCCACCGUUACCUGGUACUGCCUGUCCUACGGGUUUCGGCCCGCGACCGCUCUUGUUCUCCUCGCCGGGGACUUCGGACAGUCACAGCUGGAGGACGAAUGA